AUGCUCCCCAGACCGGACGUCUUCCUCCUCGUCCUCUGCCUCUUCGGCGCCACGCAGGCGCUGUACAAGCAGUGGAUCCCCGACACCAACUACGAGAACCGCAGCAACUGGAACACGGGGGUGGUCCCGUGCGGCCGCGACCGGGUGGCGUUCCCCGCCCCGGGGAGUGUGUACGUGGAGACGGCCCACUCGGUCCAGGAGAUGAUCCUGCCCCCCGACGGCGAGCUGCUCCUCCACGCAGGGGCCGGCUUCUACGUCGGGGGGGCCGAGGAGCCGGGGUGUGGGGCGGGCGCGGAGGCCACCUUCAGGGACUCGGACGCCCUGCGGUGGUUCGACCCCGCCCUGUGGCGCGCCGCCCUGACCCCGGACGACCUGGAGACGGGGCGCCUCGGCGUCUUCUCGGUCCACGAGGAGAGCGUCCCGUGCGAGGGGGACGACGUGGUCUUCAGGGCCGCCACCUCCUUCAGGGUGGACACCUCGUCCAGCGGCGGCGUCGUCACGGUGAGGAGCGUCUCCGUCCUGGGGCAGACGUUCAGCCGCCAGGCGGACCUCGCCCGCUACCUGGGCUCCGCCUCCGGCCGCGCCCAGUUCCACGGCGGCUCGGCGCUCGCCGUGGAGCCGUCGGGCUGCGCCGACCCCGCCGGCUGCGUGUGCGACAACUCGGCCAACCGGGGCCGCAUCUGUGGGGGGGUGGCGUGCCCCCCCGCCCCGCCCUGCCGGCGGCCCCUCCGGCCGGCGGGGCACUGCUGUGACGUGUGCGGCGCCCUGCUCUCCGUCCGCUUCGCCCCCGGGUUCAGCCUGCUGUCCUACCGCCGGCGGGUGCGGCGGCUGUUCCUGGAGCGGCCCGAGUACGCCGCCGUGCGGCUCGCCAUGUCCCGGGUCCCCGGGGCCCCGCCCCUGACGGGGCUGCUGCUGGGGGGCGCGGCCGCCGACGACCGCAUCCAGGUGGUGGUCCUGGACGGGGGGGCCGGCCUGCUGGCCGAGGCGCUGGCCCGGGACCUCCUGGCCGACGUCGACGCCCACGGCGCCGAACUCGGGAUCCUAGGGGCGGAGGUCGGGGUGUCCUCCGGGAACGGCGGCGGCGCGGCGGGGGGCCUGGCGGGGGCCCUAGUCGGGGCCUUCUUUGGGGUCCUGCUUCUGGUUCUGGUCGGCGUGGGCGGGGUCGUCCUCAGGAGGAGGGGCUGGAGGCCCCCCAGCGUCGCCAUGCCGACCAUGCCUUCCAUGCCCGCCAUGCCGUGGUCCCGCCGUGCGACCGUCGACGAGGCCCUUGGGGGGCCCAUGGACGCUGGCUUUGAGAACCCCAUGUUCGACACGCCCGGACUGAUGCCCGCCGUACCGGGUAUCUACGGGGCGGAGAUGACCCCCAUCUCCAUGACGACGCCGGGGGUGUACUUCGUCAACCCGGAUUAUGAAGAUCACGAAACCGAUAUAACUGUUUGAGGCUAGGCUUAAUGAAACUGGUUUAACUGUUUGAGACCUGGCUUAAUGAAACUGGUUUAACUGUUUUAGACCUGGCUUAAUGAAACUGGUUUAACUGUUUGAGACCUGGCUUAAUGAAACUGGUUUAACUGUUUUAAGACCUGGCUUAAUGAAACUGGUUUAACUGUUUGGGCCUUGGCUUAAUGAAACUGGCUUAACGUUUUGCGACCUGGCUUAAUGAAACUGGUUAACUCUUUGAGACCUGGCUUAAUGAAACUGAUUUAACUGUUGGAGACGUCACUAAAUGAAACUGAUUUAAUAGUUUGGGACCUUCUCAAUCCAGGGGAAGAUUUUUUCCCUGUUGGUUUCUGUCCAAUACAUGUGAUUGAGACACAAAAUCUGCAAUGGUGAAAAAGUAAAUAAUCUCUGCAGCAUUACAU